AUGACCGUGAGAAGCAGAGAAAGGCCAAACUCAUCAUAGACAUGAGGGGUAACAGUACCUAUAUCAAGAACCCUGAGGACAUGGCUGCAGAGGCACGGUCUUUUGCCUUUGAUUACUCUUACUGGUCACAUGAUGAAUUCAAGGAAACAUCAAAUGGGUACUUAGAACCAACAGGAAGCAGAUAUGCUGAUCAGAGGAUGGUGUUUAAUGACCUUGGCCAGGGUGUCCUUGACAAUGCUUGGAAGGGCUACAACUGUUCAUUGUUUGCGUAUGGACAGACAGGAAGUGGUAAAUCUUACUCCAUGGUGGGGUACGGAAACAACAAGGGGAUUGUUCCUAUUUUCUGUGAGGAGCUCUUCAAGGGAGUGGAGGGAAAAAAACAGACAGCAGGCGAAAAUGAAGAGUACCAGGUAACACUGAGUAUGUUGGAGAUCUACAAUGAACAAGUCAGGGAUCUUCUGAAUCCAAAGUCUAUUGCAACAAAGGGAGGAUUAAAAGUCAGACAGCACCCCUCUAAAGGAUUCUAUGUGGAAUCUCUGAUAUCUUGCCCUGUCAGCAGCUACACAGACAUCGAGAACAAAAUCAGCGAAGGAACCAGAAACAGGACCGUGGCGGCCACCAACAUGAAUGCUACCAGCAGUCGAGCUCACACCAUAGUGGCCAUCACAUUUGUCCAGAAGACCCCCAAUGAAACGGGUCAGAGCAUGACGAGGUCAUCAAGUGUGAACUUGGUGGAUUUGGCAGGAAGUGAGCGUGCAGAAUCAACAGGAGCUACAGGGGACCGUCUCAAAGAGGGAUCAGCCAUCAACCAAUCACUGAGUACCCUGGGAAAUGUGAUUAGUGCUCUUGCUGACCAAUCACAGGGCAAAAAGAAAGUUGUGGUACCAUAUCGAGACUCUGUUCUGACCAAACUUCUACAGAAUGCUCUCGGUGGCAACAGUAAGACUAUCAUGAUUGCUGCACUUAGUCCAGCAGAUAUUAAUUAUGAUGAAACUCUGUCUACAUUGAGAUUUGCUGACAGAGCCAAGGCCAUUAAGACAACUGCAACAGUGAAUGAGAGUCCCACAGAUAAACUUAUCCGUGAGCUUCGUGAGGAGAAUGCCAAGCUUAUGGAGAUGUUGAAAUCAGGUGGUAUCUCUCUGGAUCAGCUGGGAGGAGGUGGUGGUGGUUCCAAUGCUAAUCAAGAAAUUGAGGAGAUGAAAAAAGCAAUGGAAGAGGAACUCCGAAAAAAUCAGGAGGAGAUUGAGAACAUGAAGAAGACGUGGCAGGAACGAUUGGCGGAACAGGAGUCCGCAAAUAAGGGUAACAUGGAUGCAGAGAGGAAGAAGGAGGAGGAUAAAAAGGUGAUUCCCCACUUUUGGAAUUUACAUGAAGAUCCAGCCCUGACAGCCAUGAUAGUUCAUUUUGCUAAAGAAGGGUCAUCUAAGGUUGGAAACAAGAAUGCUAGCCCUCCUGCUGAGAUCACCAUUAGUGGACUCAGCAUUCAGAAGCAGCAUGGUGUGGUGACAAAUAAAGGGGGAGUAGUGAAGAUCAAACCUGUGGAUGGAAAAAUUCUGGUUAAUGGAGCAAAAGUCACCAAGGAAACUGAGUUACAUCACAAUGACAGAGUGCUGUUUGGUCCAAAUCACCUGUACGUUUUCCACCACCCACAAGACUUGGCUAAGAAUGUAAAAGAGGGAAAAACUGUAGAGACUCCUACUUAUGACACAGCACAGGAAGAGAUUGCCAAGAAGGCAGGGUUCAUGGACAAAGCUGGCAAAUCAGAGGAGGACCUCAUUCUACAGGAAGAUGUCAUUCAGAUGUUACCCAUGGUGAAUGAAGCAGACGCUAUGUCAGCAGAGCUGGACAAAAAGGUCAAGUUUGAACUGGCCCUAGUGUCCCCUCAAGCCAGGGGCCUCAAGGAGGGGAAAACUGAGGUGAUGGUUAAAAUGAGGAACUUGGAGAAUGGAAACGAGUGGUUGUGGGAUCGUAACAAAUUCAUCAACAGGAAGUUCCUGAUGCAGGAAAUGUACCAGAACUAUGUGGAGGGGGCAGACGACUGGGAUGUUCCCAAGGAGAAGGAUCCGUUCUGGGAGGAUGCUGAUGUGGAGGUGUUGAUCGGGACUGUACAUGUCCAUCUGAUGUCACUGAGUCACAAACUGGACAUCGAAGAGACACUAACAGUCACUAACUACCAGGGAAAAGAAAAUGGUCACAUUGAGAUCGAGGCCAUUCCUUGCACAGCUAAAGGAGCCCAAAUAGGGGAGGAUGACUUUUUGGAUGAUCCCAAAGAAUUGAUUGGGAAGGAGUUAAAUUUCAAAUUUCAAAUCAAUUUUGGCCGAGGCCUUCCAGCCAACAUUAGACAGAGCUGCUGUAAGUUCAAGUUCUACCUGGACAACCAGUACACCUCAACAGCCUAUGUAGAUGGAAUGAAUCCUGAGUACAAGUUUGAAAAACUCUUCAAGUUCCCUAAGUGUACAUCUGAGUUUGUGGACUACUUGAUUGACUCUGUGGCAGUGAUAGAAGUGUGGGGCAAACAGAAGGGAGCAGGGAUGAAGAGUGGGGGCAACCUAGGAGUGGCUACCAAAGACCUGAUGGCAAGAGAGAAAUCCAACUUGUUUGGUUUAAGUACUUAUGAGGAGGAACAGUCCAAAUUAAAGAAAAGAGAUGAAAACAAGCCAGCACCAGUGAAGAAGAAGAAUGACACCUCUGCCAAGGCCACAGACAAUGGGGUGGUGAUUCCAGUCCCUCCCCCACCGGCAGAUAAAAAACAGAACGACCAACAAAUAAAUGCCUAUAAGAAACAGGCAGAUGACGCGGACAAGCGCGCCAAGGCUGCAGAACAGAGAGCCACCAGCUCGGAGAACAUGGUGUCCAAUGUCAGAAAUCAUCUAAAUCAGAUGAAGAGAGCUGGGAAUAGCACAGUUUCUAUUGCUGAGCUUGAGUCAUUGCUGGCAGGAGGUAACUCGAGUUCAGCCCGACAAGAACAAAUGGGGGACAAUGCAUCAAAGGCUUGUUCAAUACAGUAAAAUAAAACAUUUAACUGUAUACCUCAGAAACCUAUAACUUUACUUUCAAAAUCUCAGUUUUUGAGGAAUCACCAAAUUAGAAUACAAGAAUUUCUCAGUACAUCAUAAUCAGCAAAAUCAAAAUGGACAUCUUUGCAAUAAGUUUUACAUAAAUCUUACUUGUAAGCCAUGGCGAAGAGGAUGUGUUUAGUUCUCUCUAUAUCAAAGAUCUGAUCUGUUUACUGUCUUCGUUGUUCUGAGAUUUCUAUUUUUACCUACAUUUUUCUUCUUAUCAAAAUAUGUUUAAGUCAAAUUGUCUUCUAUUUCUAAUUCUUGCCUUGUGAUUGUAAAGAUUGUAUAGUACAUGUAUAUUUGUGUAUUGGUCAUUAUUGUAAUAUGUAUAUAUAUAUAUGCACAAAGGUUGUUAAUUAGUGAUUUGAUUAAUUAAUUUAGGGAACUAUACUUUGGUAUUGAUAAUGAUUGAUCAUGCUCUACCAUGAUUUUUUAUAUAAUUAUGGUAAUACACAUUAAUGACAUUAAAUUAUGAGUCUAUUUUUCUUUUUUUGAAACAUGAAAUUGAAUAGCUACAUAUGUAGACUGUAGUGUCUUCAUGGUACUGUACAUGUUAAGAAUGCAAGUAAAUGAUUACAGAAGAACUUAAUGGACUAUAAUAUGAAUCAGGGUUUUUCAGCUUUUGUACAUCCAUGUAACUUUGUUGUGGUGUUUACAGUAUAUGACAUGUUGUAGUGUUUAGUAUAUAACGUCUAUAUGUAGAAGUAUCAGGCAACGUACUGUAAACCAACUUUUAUUUGCUUACAAGAAACAUCUGCAAGUUUCAGGACCUUCUUUUACUUGCGAAUAUUUCUUGCCACAAACCAUUUCCUUAUUAAUUUUGUAUUUAUGUAGAAUGUUUCCUCCAUUGCAAAAAUUUAUAGUUAUGGAUGGAUAAUUUUAAACUGACGAAUUGCAUAUAAAAGUUGAUUUAUAGUAUUAACAACAAAAUGUAGAAAUAUAUAUUUAUUUAGAGACUUGUUUGUUAUAUCAUUACUAUGUUUUUGGUGGAAAAUGAAACUUUGUCUUAUAAACGACAUGCAAGUGAUAAUUUAUAUAAGUUUAUUUUUAUAGAUCGAAGCAUCUCUACAAAGAAUUCUUUGAUAUCCGUCCACAGAAAAUGUUAGGAAUUUUCAAAAAAAUAAAUGACAUUUUAUUUAAAGAUAGUAAUUUUAUUUGAUUUUUUAUUCUUAUAACAAGAAUUUCUUUGUGCAAUACAA